AUGAAGUUCCUCAUCGUCUUCGUCGCCCUCUUCGCCAUGGCCGUGGCCCGUCCCAACGAGGCCCAGAUCGUGAGGCUGGAUUCCGAUGUGCUGCCCGACAAGUGGAGCUCCAACCUGGAGACCAGCGACGGCACCAGCAUCGUCCAGGAUGGUGUCCUUAAGAACGUUGGUACCGAGCACGAGGCCGCCGUCGUUCAUGGAUCCUUCUCCUGGGUGGAUGAGAAGACCGGCGAGAAGUUCACCGUCACCUACGUGGCCGAUGAGAAUGGAUACCAGCCCCAGGGCGCCCAUUUGCCCGUGGCCCCAGUUGCUUAA